AUGCAACUACAACAACUUGGAUUUGUACCAUCCAAGGCAGACACAUCCUUGUUCUUUUACAAUAAAGGAAAUGUCACUAUUUUUGUGCUAGUUUAUGUUGAUGAUAUUAUUGUUGCUAGCUCGAGUUCAAGUGCCACUACUUGCUUACUUAAAGAUCUUAAGUUGGAAUUUGCCCUCAAGGAUUUGGGAGAUCUUCAUUACUUUCUUGGCAUUGAGGUCAAACAGAUAAGAGAUGGUAUACUUCUGACACAGGAAAAAUACACAGCUGACAUACUCAGGAGAGUAGGUUUGGAAAAAUGUAAACCUGUGAGUACACCUAUCUCAACUUCUGAAAAACUUUCUGUUGAAAGUGGAGAGCCAUUUGGAUCAGACGAUGCAACAAAUUACAGGAGUGUUGUGGGUGCCUUGCAAUAUUUGACACUUACACGCCCUGACAUUUCUUAUGCUGUCAACAAGGUAUGUCAGUACUUACAUGCUCCUAGCAUUACUCAUUGGACUGCAGUUAAGAGGAUUUUGAGGUACCUUAAGUUUUCAGAGGGGCUUGGACUUCAAAUUAUCAAGUCUUCUUCUAUGCUUGUUACUGCCUACUCUGAUGCAGACUGGGCAGGAUGUAUUGAUGAUAGAAGGUCAACUGGUGGAUUUGCUGUAUUUCUGGGAUCCAAUCUUGUGUCAUGGAGUGCAAGAAAGCAGGCUAUAGUUUCGAGAUCAAGUACUGAGGCUGAAUACAAAGCUUUGGCAAAUGCCACAAUUGAAGUAAUGUGGAUACAGACACUACUUUAUGAACUUGGAAUUAAGACUCCAAAAGCUGCCAGACUAUGGUGUGAUAAUAUUGGUGCAACCUAUCUGUUAGUCAGAGAAAGAGUAGCUAGAAAGCUCCUCGAGAUUCAGUUCAUUCCUACUGGAGAUCAACUUGCUGAUGGAUUCACAAAGCCUCUCACUAUGAGGAGCUUAGAUGAGUUCAAGUACAAUCUCAACCUUGGUCAAAGUUCAUGA